AUGCCGCCUUAUAAAUUUCAACAAACAAAGGAAGAACAUUUGUGUGUGGUGGGUUACGGAUUCACCAUAACUUCAGCAAUCGCAACAACCCAAGCUACUUCCGCUGCUACGACGGCGACGACGAACGCAAAACACAACAAAAGCCACAAAAAACCACCGCAAUCGUCCUCCCCAAUACCUGUCAAUCAUCCGUCAAGCCGCGCCUACUCGAUCCUGACACUCCCGUCCAACGACGGAUUUCCGGAACGAGGAGGAUCCUCUUCCUAUAGGAGGGAUUCAUUUUUCAAUCGCUGUCUUUUUGACAAUGAGGAGUUUGAUAUCGGCAGUCCGAACCGGUCCAAUGUCUCCAGGCAGUCUUCCGUUGCAGCUGACUCGUGA